UCCAGGCAACCACCAAACAAUAUGGCGCCCCGGGACUCAAACCUUUCAAUUAGUGGGCGCUGCAAAAUAUAGAUGAAUUCCAAACAAAUAUAGUAUCAAGGAACAGUAUCAAAGAUGGAGGGUGACAUAUCAGGAGUCCGCAUCACACCCCCAUCACUGGAAUUUUAUGAUACCGAAGCAAACACUGUUUAUCAAUUAAACAUAACAGUGAAAAACGUCAGCAAAGAUAGCAAACACAUUCGAUAUUAUGGACCCAAGAGCAGCCACUUCAACUUGAAAGUGAAGAACCCAGAGAAAGCUGUCGCACCGGGGCUAUGUGUGGCUGCUGUGGUGGAGUAUGAAAUCAACGAGGUCGAGGAGAUCACAGAUAGGAUUGUUGUCACAGUGGAUGGAGAUGUCAUAGAAAUACCUGUACAUGCAUACCCUUCCCAGCCUGUUUUGGAAAUAGGAAAACAAGUGGACUUCGGGAAUAUUGUGGCAAACAGUAGGGUUGUUGCAAGGGAGAUUACUCUCCACAAUCAUGGAUCCAAGGCUGGAGAGUUCAAGAUCAAAUACAGUGGAGAUAAACCUCUUGCUGUCAUACCAAGCUCUGGGACGAUCAUGCCCAAAACAACACAAGUUAUUAAGGUGGAAUAUGUUGCAAAACAAGCUGGAAAAUUUGAAGAAGUUGCAAAGGUGAAACUUGAAGGUCAAGACGUUCAGAGCUUGAGCAUUCGAGGGAGCGUUGUUGAGCGAGCUCUGGAAGUAUUGUCUCUCCAGACUGAGGACCCAGUCCAGUGUAUCAAGUUCGGCAGCGCCUACUACGGCACUGACAAGACAGAGUGUGCCCUGCUCUACAACAAUGGCCCAGAGCCGAUCAACUUCGUAGCUGUCCUCAAUGAGGAUGCUAUUGCACAGGAACUGGGUGUGGACCUCUCUAAGAGUACAACAGCUACACUGGCCGAGCAGGAUAAGAGUCCCACCGGACUGACCAACACACUGACCUCUCUCAUCACAGCUAUCCCCAACCAAGGUGUACUUCAGGGAUACCAGAAAAUACCCAUCUUCUUCCGUUUUAGUCCCAGAUGGAAUUCUUCUAAGCAAGGCUGGAAAUGUCAAGUUGCGCCUCCCCCUCGUAAAGAUUUUGCGAUCUUCAUGCGCCUAGAGAUCAUUGGAUCAAGUGAUGGGUUCACGCAGGACGCAGACAAGCCAGUCAAUGAUGCCCCGGGAAACUAUGCUGAGAUCGGUCUGACUGGAACAGCAUUACCCGUCCUCCUGAACAUCUCCCCGGCAACCAAGUAUGACUUUGGGGUUUGUUCCGUCGGGGAGCAUGCUGAUAUCCUCUGUACCAUCAAGAACGAGUCUUCCGUCCUCCCAGCAAUAUUCCAGUUCCGGAGAAUAGCCCACUUCACAGCUCAUCCUCCAAAUGGGAAGAUCUCCGCCGGACAAACACAAGAUGUAAUCUUCUCCUUCGCUCCACAUCAAGCUGGUACAUUCAAACCCAUGCAACUGGUAGACGUGAUUGGGCAGGUAGCAGACAGUGGCAACCCCACGAUGGCCUAUCUCCAGGUGAUGUACACUCUGCCCAUACAGCUGGUCGGGCAGAGCAACCCCUCCACCAGAAAGAGGAGCCCCAGGUUCAACCCAGGAAUCACCCCGUACAUCAGCAACGAAGUGGGGAUGUUUGUAGACACAGACUUUGACUCGCUUGAACCGGGCAGGUUGCGGAAUGCCGUGAUGAGCGCCAACAAAACCAGGCUGCACCACCUGAGACUGAGCAAGUCGGCUAACGAAGAUAACCGGGCAGUGAAGGUUGCCUUCCCCAAUGACCGCGCCCACAGCAUCCGCCCCAGUGACAGGAAGGAGCGAUUUCAGACAAUCUUCACCCAGAUGGAGCGGCACACGUACGUUGACCCCGACUAUGCCUUCACUGACAGCGAGGCUGGUGGACGUCAGACACACCGGGACCAGUACAUAGGGAUGGUCCGACAGAUGAGGGACGCCAGGCUCCAUCUCAAGAAAGCAAAAGAAUUCAAGGAGACCAAUAAUAAUGUUGAGAUUGGGAUCAAGUCCGCCGCAGGUCUCCGGCCUAAACGUUUAUCACAGGAGCAGAUCAAGCCUGACCCGAGCUCUCCACGACCACCAAAUGCAGACUGGAAGUUGCUGAGCACUAAAAAACUGUCAACAGCGGAGAAAGAGGCACUGUCUAAACCUGUACGUGAUGGCCUGAACGCUGUUCCGACAACCCAGCAAGAGAAGGCAGACUGUCGCAAGUGGCUGAGUCCACAACAGUUGCACCAACUUAUCAUAGGCCCCCCAACCAUUGACUUCAGCAGCGUGUGUCUGAGAUCCAACAGUCAGAAGGAGCUCAACAUCAUCAACAACCUCGACCAGUACAUCCACGUGGUAGCAGAGAUUGACUGUCGGGAGCUGCGGCAGAGCAGCCCUCUCUCCCAGGUGGUCCCACCCAAGUCUCGCGCCACCAUCCCCAUCCUCUUCGAGUCCAACACCAAAGGAAAGUUUCAGAGGUCAGUGAUGUACACUGUGAAUGGCUUCUACAAGCACCAUGUGACGGUGGUGGCCGACGUGGGGCCAGUCACCCUCCAGCUCUCCACGGAGGACCUGCUUCUCAAGCCCACCCCCGGGCUGCCAGCUGAUGCAGGUUACCGUGGCGUGGUGACCCUGCACAAUCCCCUCAACUACCCCGCAGAGUUCACCUGGUCCCCAAACCUAGGGGAGAAGGGCACUGCUUUCUCCAUCAGACCAGCUACAGGUAUGGUGGAUGCCUUCAGUGACCUUGACUGUGAGGUUGUGUGGCAUCCCUCCUUCAUGGCUCCAGAGGAUGGCUCCUUCACACUGAUGCUCCUCAAUGGCAACCCAUCACAGUUCCGAUGUCUGGCUCAGCUCGGCACCAGCUCAGUUCAAUUUGUGGAACGAAGGAUAAUGUUUGGCCAGGUUCCAGUAAACCUGACUACCACCAGAACGGCUCUGCUACAUAAUUCUGGCCAGAACCAUGCUUUCUUCCAGGUCCUGGACCCCAACCCUUUCCCCGGGCUCACCGUGAGUCCGGUCCAUGGAGUGGUGCCCGUCGGAGGAACGGCCGAGUUGAGAGUAUCCCUCACCCCAGACGCUGUGCUCAAGUUCGACACCCGCGUCCAGUUGGCCAUCAAGGGGGGGAAGACCAUCGACCUGAGGAUGGGGGGGACAGUGGAGCCCCCGAGUGUCGACAUCAGCAUGCCUUCCUUCAACUUCGGUGGCGUGUACUGUGGAUCCGGGUCCACCAUCCAGUUCCAGCUGCUCAACAAGACUGUCACCAAGGCAAAGAUGGAGUUCGACCUGACACGCUUCAAGGACUUCACGCUGGCCUUCCCAGGGUUCCAGACUCAAGAUGACUACAACUACCAGCUGAUGAACCAAGGGAUGUACUCGGUCACGCUUGGUCCGGAGGAGACUGUCCCAGGGGAGAUAACCUUCAUGCCCUCAGAGGUUGCUGCGUACGACUUUGUGAUGCCAUGUGUCAUCAACCACGUGGGUGCCCCCACCCCUGCCCCCACGCCCUUCCCUCCCACCCCAGCCCCCUCACAGAAGAACAGUCUACAGCACAUCAUCAACCCCCGCCCCCAGCCGUUUAUGGUUGUCACGCCCAGGAAACAUGUCAUUGCCACGGCACUGCGGCAGCCAUUACAGCUGUCCCAGAACAGGAUAGAGUUCUACCUUCCCCCUAGCAUGCAUGAGAUGUACAAGGAUACCGGCAUCGGAGCCUCCAAGAAACAUGCCCAGCCUCUCAUCAUAGUCAACAACAGCCCUCGCAACCUCAAGUGGGCGUUUGACUUGUCCAAGCCAACGAAGGCCCUAGAGGAUGGGGCGCUGAAGUUCACCCACUCCUCUGGCGUGCCGUUCCUGCAGCUGCAGAAGAAGCCGAGUCGGGGGAUUGAGGGAGAGUUGGAGCCGGGGCAGACCCAGGAGAUCUCUGUCCACUUCUGUCCCGCUCAACCCGGCAAGUUUGAGUGCCUGGUGCCGGUGGUCCUGGAUGAGCUGUGGGACAAGCCCUACCAGUACCUGCACAUUCUGGGGGAGCUGAAGGCGCCCCGGGUCUGGUUUGACCCCCUGGCUAUCUGCCUCACCCCUGUGCCCCUCACCACCGAAGUCUCCUGUGAAUUCAACAUCCUGGGCUCGCAGUACCGAGUGUCUGACACGCUGAGUGUCGAGCUCCCCGAGGUGGAGUGUGAAGAUGGUAGCAGCAUCAGUCCUCUCACUGUCCACUUCCCUCAAGGUCAAGAAAUCAAGCCUUGUGCUGGAGAUGAGGGACAGAUUGACCCCUGCUGUAUCCCCUGCAAGGUCACCUUCAUCAGCCCCAAACCGAUCUCCUUUUCUCAGCCAAUCAACUUUAAGGACACAGAGGGCAGAAUAUUUUCCCUGAUGGUGACCGCAUCGUCGGACAACUGCCUGCUGACCUGCUACCCAUUCCUGGCUCUCCAUCGCAGUGACCAUCAGAUAGUCUGUGAAAAUGGCUCCUCCCCCAAGGGUCAUAAGCUGUUAGGCUCCAAGGACACUCUGAGUGCAGGUGAGGCCGUGCUGGUGCCGUGUCAGUCCCCCAACCACUCCAGCAGCCGCCCAAGCACCAGCGCCACCAGCUCCAACUUCCAGAUCUCCUCCUCAAGCUACGAGUCAAGCGACAGCGUCACAGAUUCAGCUGACAACAGCACACCUCACCCUCGUGAUGGCGCCAUGAACAAGCCGCAGUCUGGGUCGGACAUCAACUGCCGCAUCAAUGCUGGUCUUGCUACACGAUCUCUGGGGUCGGCCAUGUUCCCUGAUGAAGAUACUGAGGAGGGAAUAUUUCACAUGGAGGUCCUGUUUGCUGUGCAGAGAUGGUUCUCCUCUAUGGGAUGGCCGGGGGGACCUUUCCCCAUCACAAUACCAGAGUCUCUCCGAGUAGAUGAACGUCCACGUUCUUCCAUGGCCAUCUCCCGCAAACCAGCGGAGGAAGAGGGGGGCAAGGGUCCGAAGUCUGGUGGCUGGGACACCAACAAUCUCAAAAAGGACUUCAAGACCAUCUACGACAUGAUCAGCCAUCUAAGUGGGCGUCCUGUCCCAGGGAUCCCCCUUAACUCCUCCCUCCCUGCUGACCCCCUAGAGAGGGUCAAACAGAUCUACUGGCAACACUCAACACUUCUCACCUUCCUCAGGUGUCAGGGAGCCUGUGUAGCUGCGAUCAGGCCGGAGCAUCUGAUGGAACCACGUGACUACAGUCUGUGGAAGCGUCUUCAGCAGCAGCUCAAGAUGGAGCUGGUGAACCAGGGGAUGACCGAGGAGGCUGGCCGUAUCCGUGACAAUGAGGAAGAGCUGGAGGAGGACGUGUUCGAAGCUGUGUCCAAGAGAGCAUGGACGGACAUACUGCUGCAGAUAUACAAGUCCCUGGUUCUGGCGAAGAUUACGCCUCGCACACUGAAGACCAUGGCCUCUCCAGACCGCAACGUGGCCCUGCCAAGUAUCAACCCCGACCCUCUGUCCAGCAACGUCUACUGUGUUUCUGAGCGCAUCGUACUCUCCUGGCUCAACCACCACUUUGAACACUACAGGCACACAGUGUGGGAGAACUGCCCCAAUGGUGGGGUCCCAUCUUCUCGAUGGAUUGUCAACUAUGACUUUGACCUUCUGGAUGGGUUGGUGUUUGGUGCAGUGUUGGGAGCUCACAUGCCCUUCCUGACUGCCAGCCACCUGAAGGACAUGUACACCCACCCAUCCAACGCCGAGCAGUGCCUGCACAAUGCCCUCAAGGUCGUCAACGCCAUGAGAUAUGCAGGGAUUGACUAUGAUAUUCAGGCUAUCGACAUCACGGACCCAAACCCCAUCUCCCUGAUGCUGCUGAGUGUGCACCUGUACCAGCAUCUGCCUCAGUACCUCCCCAAGUCCACCGUGGACUUCACUGGCAGUCUACACGCCACGGUCGCUAGACAGGUGAAGUUGAGCAACCCAAGUGGCAAGCCUUUGGUGUACCAGGUAUUGGUGGCAGGAAGGGAUGCCCGCAACUUCCGUAUCCCGAAGGGGGACGUCAUCACGGUCCCAUCCCGCAGCACCUUUCCCAUGGCUGUAGAGUUCACCAGCUGCUUCCUGCGACCAGCUGAAGCUGUGCUUGUCUUAGUUGGUCGCAGACAGGGGUCAGCCACUGCAACAACCUUGACCUUUAACCUUCGAACACAAAUUGAUAACAUCACACCGAAGAACUCCAGACACUGUGAGUCCACCAUCAAGGUGGAGUCUCCCUGUUAUGAGCUAGAGCGCAUCCUGCUAGACGUCACCAACCCAUUUGACGAAGGAGCUGAGUUCCGCAUCAUCCUGGUGGAGGCAAGCAACGAUGCGGCGCUGGACCCCAGUAAACCGACCGCCCUCAUGCGACCCAAGGAAAAGAAGAAGAAGGUGAUCAAGUCCAAGGUGAACCAUGGACAGAAGCGUCCCGACACACCCCCCUCUUCACCCCCUAUCCGACCUGGGGAGACCGCAGAGAUCAUUGAUGGACAGAAAGAAGGAUCGUCCUCCUCCCUCAGCGCCUUCUUCAGCCCCAUGAAGACUGUGUACCUUGAGCCACAUGCAACAGCAGAGGUCGAAAUUCACUUCCUGCCAUUCGCAGUUGGGGACCGUCAGUGUUCCGUGAUUUUCCUCAACGAGACUGUAGGAGAGUUUCUGUACUCUAUUGAAGCCAAGGCCAAGUUGCCUCUCCCCUCCAUCCUCCCAUUUGUCCCCUCCAACCACAGCGUCAGGAUCAGCAGCGCUGCCGCAGCAGGUUCUGGGCGUGGAAUGUUUGGCGGGGACGACCGGGUCAUAUACUGGAAGUGUGAGGCAGGACAGAUACUGAAGGAGAACCUGCUCAUCCCUGUCACCAACAUGGCCAAGGAGAGAACUCUUACUCUGGCUGCCCAACAGCACAUGUCGGACGUGGAGUUACAACGCCGUCACGUGACCAACACGUUGAUGAGUUGUAGCGUGACCGCCAAGACAGUCAAGAAGUUGUCCACUAACCCAGUCUCGGCUGUCCAACAGGCUAAGGCCCUACCCCCCGAGGGCAUCACCUACACGGUGGAGACGGAUUCCGAGUACUUCAAGCUGGCCAAGAAGCUGGUCCUGCCAAGUCCUGUUGAAGGGCAUGCCAACAGCGCCCCACCCAAUGUCCAAGUCCCCAGGGGAGUCAAGCUGGAUGACGGGGUGGUGGAACUGCCCAUCACCUUCCUGGCCAGCGAGCCCGGCCACUACCCAUGUGAGGUUGUCCUUCAGUCUUCAGAAGAUGUGCGCGUCUACCGCAUCGAGUGUACAGUCAACCCUGAAGGCAGCACCGCCGAGCUGGACUUUGCCGCCCCAGUCCACAAGUCCGUCACGCAGAUGAUUCCUAUCAUGAACAUGACAAACCAUGACUGGCCCCUGCGAGCCAAGAUGUCUGGGGAGGGGUUCUUUGGGCCCCCCACGCUGCUGGCCAAGGCCUUCCAGAGCAGCCACUACCCCCUCACCUUCAAGCCUCUGUACGAGAAGGAGAUCCAGGGUAAGCUGGUGUUGAGUAACACGGAUGACGGCACAGACCACACCUUCCACCUCCAGGGCCGCGCCACCAAACCACUAGCACUGGAGCACGUCGUCAUCAGCUGCCAGGCCAAGAGCAGCCAUGUCCACCAGCUGAAGAUCCCCAACAUGACCAAGAAGAAGCUGAUUUACACGGUUGAGUCGGACAUCUCCUUCGUGAGCGGCCAGAGUGCUGUGUCGGUGCUGCAGAGUAAGACCGGCACAUACGACAUGGUGGUCACACCCAAGAGGAGAGGGGUCUACAAGGGCAUCAUCGCCUUCGUCGCCGGGAGGAGUCCUGUCAGGGAGGUAGACAGUGAUGGAGAUGAUGUGCCGUCAGAUGAUGAGACCAAGGAGUAUGAUGGCUACAGAAUCUGGUACUCGCUGGAGCUGCACGUAUCGCCGCCGCCGCCAGAACGCACCAUGGAGAUUGGCUGUGCUUGCCAGAAAAAAGCUGUGUUGGAGGUAGUUGUCAGGAACCCCACACCCCAUGACAUUACCUUGGAAGCGAAGGUGAGCGGGCGUGACCUGGAGGGACAGGAGUCCAUCACACUGGGGGCGGGGGAGAAGGAAGCGUACCUCGUGACAUUCUCCCCUGCUGUGGUGGGCACCAGGAAAGGAAGUCUGGUGUUCUACAACGAGGCUGUCGGGGAGUUCUGGUACGAGCUGAUCCUGAAGGCGGAGCCCCCUCAACCAUCCCUACUGCCUCACAUGGAGUGUGAGCUGGGCAGAUGGACGAAGCAGACCAUUCUGUUGGAGAACCCGACUGAUGAGAUGCUGGAGUUAGUGCCAACUGUGUCCAACAUCAACAACUUCUCCCUGGAGCGUGACAACGAGCGCCCCCUCCUCCUCCGACCCCACUCCCAGAUCGAGGUCCCACUUCACUUCAUGCCGUCCACCCUGGGACAAGGGGAGCAUCACGCAAACAUCACCUUCCACAGCGAACAGCUUGGAGAGUGGGUGUUUGAAGCCACAGGCACCGGUCAGCUGCCCCAGCCCCAGGACCCGGUCAGCGUAUUCACCGCUGCCGGCACCAACACCACCCUCAUCAUCCCCUUCCGCAACCCCCUCGACCACGCUGUGCUGGCCAACAUCGUCCUUACUGACAACGAGCAGCAGCUGGAGCGCGUCACAACUGGAAUGGAAUCGGAGGAGUCCCCCUUCUGCCUUCUGCUGAAACACAACACCGGCUUGAGGGUCGGUCCAAAGUCCACCCUGGACAUCCCGAUCAGCUUCGCCCCGAACCAGAUGAGGAAGUACGUGGGCCUGUGUACCGUCAUUGUCCACAAGGAGGACGGCACGGCCUGGCAGUACGUCCCCACAGAUGCUAACGGGUACCCUGUGUCACGGACCGGCAGCGGUGGGUUGAUGGAGAUCCGAUGGUUGUUCCCUGUCAAUGGCAUCCCUGAGUCGAAGCCGGUGCGGGACAGCCAGGGUGCUGUCAUCGAGUGUCGGGCCAGGGAGUCCAUUGAGGAGCGUCUGGAAGUGACCCUGUCCGGAGUUGCGCCGAGUUCGGCUGGACCACAGAAGCGGAUGAGGACACGGGCCAAGACUCCAAAGGAUGAUGCUCCUCAAGUACCUGAUGGCAUCGUGGUGGGAGAGACUCUUGCCACAGCAGACGAGUUUAGUCAUGAGCUGACGUUCUGUAACGAGGAUGCCAGUGGCCAGUUGAAGGAUUCUGUGAGCAUGACGCUGGUGCGCCAGCACCGAGAUAUAAACACAGGACUGGUGGUGUUGUUGUUCAAUGUCAAGUUCAACCCCUUCAAACCUCUCAGCCAUGAUGCCCAGCUGCAUGUCACAGCAGCCACUGGCGGGGUGUGGAAGUUUCCGCUGCGAUUUGUAGCCACAGAGCCUCCAGUUGAUGACAAGAUACUCAUUGAAGCAACCGGUCUCAGCAAGAUGUCAACUGUUGGCUUCUGGCUCACGAGUCAAUCCAGCAAUGCUGUUCACUUCGAUGCCUUCUUCGAGUCUGGAAGCGACCCCGAGUUUUCCAUCUCGCCAGAGCAUGGGGAGCUUCUUCCUCAAGGGACAGAUGGCACCAUGUUCAACAUCAACUUCCUGCCAGCUGUGUACGGCAAACUAUACCAGGCCAAACUUGUCAUACAGACUCCGGACAUGCAGUGGAGCUACGAGAUCCGAGGCGUCCUCCCGGAAUAUACCCCGCCCCGCGGCAAGUCCUCUCGGCCAAUGGCAGGCCCUCAUCCUGACCCGCGGUACAGAGGUGACCGGGUCAACUACGUGCGCGACAACCUUCAGAUAAUAACAACAGCAGUGUCGUCGCCUGUCAAAGGAGCUCCUCUACUGCGGACACACAAAGUGCUGUGAUGUGUGACACCACCUCACUCACACAAACCUCAUCUGUGAUAUUGCACAUAGAGUGCUGUGAUUGUUGAAGUCAAUGGAGUCUCUGAGGAUUCCUCAUGAAGGGAAGGAUUUGGCAAACUACAUGAUUUAUUUCAAGCUUUAAGAUGCUUGUCCAUUCCGUCUGAAACUGGGUCUUUUAUUUGACAUUCAGGUCCAUCUUCGUCACUGGGUUGGUGGCAUCAAACUUUGCAUACUCAGCUUUGUAUAAAUGCCACUGUAAUAUAGAUACAACUCAAAAGAAAUAAAGGACCAUCCAAUUCUUUCAUAUCGGGUGGUCCUUAACUUCUUUACCCUUGCAUAUUUUUUGCGUAUGAAGUGAAACCAAUUAUUUUAACAUAUUUAGUGCCUCAGUAUGGAAAUGUGAAUCUAACACUAAAUUUGUUUUUUGGAAAAAGUUUAUUUUAUAUAUUGUCAUGAAUAUUGUUCCUUUAUUCCAGUAUUUAUAUACUUUUGCUGUGAUAAACUAUUGUAUAUACCUGUUGCUAUGGCAGCUGCUUUAGACGUCAUUGACCAUUGUUUUGUAAUAUCUAGUAUUAAACAUGUCAGAAGUAGACUUGGCAGGUUAUGCUUGAAUUUUUUAUGACAACCAAGAUGUUGUAUGUCCAUUUAGAAGUCAAAGCAUAAAGAUGUUGAAUUGACUGUGGACAAGACGUGUCAUUUAACCUCAUUUAGCAUUAUAUAUACACAAGGCCAAAUGAACAAUUCCUGUGUGGAGUCCCCCUCAAGCCACACCACCAGGCACCAGGUAUUAUGUCCCCUGUGAUACGCUGUCCCCUAUAUCUACCUAUGAUACUGGUAGCUGCUGAAUGCUGUAUGUGUUAGUGUGACUGCUUCCUGUAGACUUGUGGUAGAGCUUUGUAUACAGCUGUUAGUGUUAUCUGUUCUCACAUAUAGAAUGUCCGUCCAAUGAUUUACCAAGAAAUAAACAUGAUCCAAUA